AAUGCCUAUAUAAACUCAUUGCGAUUCACAGUUGUCGAUAUAAAUCUAUAAGAAUUUCCAGUGAAAAAAAUAAAUAAUUGUAAAACCAUGGGCGACUCUACUGAUCUAAUUAGUCUGAGAUAGUCUCUUAUGGGAAAGACUGCCCUUGUAACUGGUGCCACCAAAGGGAUUGGGCACGCUAUAGUGGAGGAGUUAGCUGGUCUUGGUGCAGCUGUUCAUAUGACUGCUCGAAAUGAAAAUGAUAUCCAGCAGUGCUUGAAAAACUGGAAAGAAAAAGGUUACAAAGUAACUGGUUCCGUCUGUGAUGCUUCAGUUCCAGCUGAUAGGGAGACGUUAAUCGAAACUAUUUCAUCUGUUUUUGAGGGCAAACUCAACAUCCUUAUUAACAACGUCGGAACAACCGUGUUCAAAGAUAGUUUGGACUACAUAGAUGAGGAUCACGCAAAAGAUAUGGCUACUACCUUCGACUCCGGAUACCGUCUAUCUAUACUAGCACACCCUCUCUUAAAAGCCUCUGGUACAGGAAGCGUUGUCUUUAUUUCAUCUGUUGCUGGCGUUGUUUCUAUACCCCAUCUCUCCAAUUAUUCAGCGUGUAUAGGAGCUAUUAAUCAAAUUACGAAGAACUUUGCUUGUGAAUGGGCCAAAGACAAGAUACGCGUAAAUAGUGUUGCACCAUGGUAUAUUAAAACCAAUCUCGUAGAAGAGGUUGUGCAAGAAGAAAGGUUUGUAGACUAUUUAAAAGCUGGAACUCCGAUGAGGCGCAUGGCUGACCCGAACGAGGUUUCACCUCUUGUGGCCUUCUUAUGCCUACCUGGUGCUUCAUAAAUCACUGGACAAGUUAUUUGUGUUGAUGGUGGCUUUACAGUAAAUGGAUUCUACCCUACACAAGAUUAGUAAGAGCAACAUCCUGAAUAAUGUAUGCGAUUAAAAACAGUUGAAUCCCAUACUAUGCUUGUUGUGUCAAGAUGUAUUUGUUGCCUUAAGAAUCUAAGAUAUAUGUGUGUACUAAAUAAUAUUACUUGCAAUUGAUGCAUCUAGUGAGGACACUAGUUAGGGGUGGCUGGGAGGUGUUUCCAGCCGAAUGGUGUUUCAGCCCUGCCCUAAAAGUUGUCAAGAAUAUUUCUUUGAAUAUGUCUUGGAUGAGUUGAAAGAAGAAAGUU